UGCAUGAACUACGGCCCCGCCGUCGACCAAUCCUCCAACCUCUCGCCCAAGUGGGGAGACUGUCUCCAACUGCGCGCCAACAUCGACUCCGGCGGGUCGUGGCAGUUUUUCUCAGGCCGCCAGACGGUCAUCGCCUCUUACGAGUCGUGCGCCAUCGGCGUCGAAACUUCCAAGGGCACGUUGGCGGGGACCUUGACCAAGAUAGGAAAUAUCGAUUUGAUCAAGAUUGUCGAGUACACCGAGGCCAUGCUUAUCAACAAGGGCGGGGAUCAGGUGGCGACGGACAGGAAUGGGAAGAAGUAUGUGAAGUGGGAUGCGAAGGUGGGGAGUAAAGGGACGAUGGAGUGUUAUCAGUUGGUGUUGAGGAAUAAUAAGUUUGGGGUGGAUUGGGGGUUGUAUCAUACGUGACGUCCUACGAGUAUGUAUUGUGAGUGGGAGUUUUGCUGAGGGGCGUGGCCUCAGUUUCAGUGAAGUGUUUGUGGACGUGAAAGAGGAGGACUCAAAACGGCAAGGAGCAAAACCCCAGCUGACACGAAGGGAUGUCAUGCUAAAGAACACAUCACAUGCUACAUGUCCACGACGAUUGAGGGCGUGGAAUGUGUUACCCACCACGAGAUGAAAAGCCUGCCCUGGCUUCGAUGCAUUCGUUGGCUUCGCG